AUGACCAACCAUGAAAGUGACGACGACGGGCUAUCGCUCCCCGCCUCCACCCUCGAUGCGCUAAAGGAGUUCUACGCCGAGCGUGAUGCCCGCGCCGAGGAGUUCAAGAAGCUCAAGGUGCAGGCCGAGGCGAUCCACGCAGCCAUCGACAAGGUUGAGGUUGAGGUGAAGCCCUUAUCUAUGGAUGCGUUCACAGAGGACUGGAACGAGAGUCAGUUCUGGUAUGCGGACGAAACCGCCGAGCUAUACGCGAAGCUUAUGCUUGAGGGAGCCACGUCGGACAUGACGGUGGCGGUGGUCUCAACACCCAGUGUGUUUAUGGCAGUGAAGAACAUCUUGAACGCUGCUCCUCCAGAACAGCCCAAGCCUAAGGUGGUCCUGCUCGAGCACGACAGGCGCUUCAACAUCUUCCCAGAAUUCGUAUAUUACGACUUUGCCGAACCGCUCAAGUUACCAGGCACCUGUGACCGCAUCAUCUGCGAUCCGCCAUUCCUCAGCGAAGACUGCCAAACCAAAGCGGCACUCACCGUCCGCUGGCUCGCACGCCCGCUCUCACCAAACACCGACCAGGAACAACCACAACAGCAACAACAACAACAACCGCGACUGAUCGUGUGCACGGGCGAGCGCAUGGAAGACGUGGUGACGCGGGUGUACCGGGCGUUUGGGCUGCGCACGACCGACUACGAGCCCGUGCACGCGCGCGGGCUGGGCAACGAGUUCUACUGCUAUGCUAACUUUGAGUCGUCGAGUUGGGGGUGGCGGAAGCGUGUUUAG